AAGGAAACUUUGAAGGAAGCUGAUACAAGUGUGCGUGUGUGUGACAGAGAAAGAGAGAGACAUAGAGAGAGAGAGAGCGAGAGAGAGAGAGAGAAAGAGAGAAAGAUAAGCAUGUGGGCGGACCAAGUCUCCGCUCUGUCAGAUGAGAUCGUGCAGCGGCUCAAUGUGUGAGUCGCUGAACUCGAGAGUGUGUGUCUUGCUCUUUAUAUCCUCAUAUCAUCCCACCUUUUCACGCCCCCUUCUCUCUCUCUCUUUCUCUAUCUCUCUCAUUCCAGUACAGUCAGUCAGUUCCUCGCUCUGCUCUUCUUCUCUUUCUCCAGGAUUCUCUCCUCCUCUCCCGCUAUUUUUUCGCUGUGCGUUGGCCGUGCACUCCCCCCCCCCUCAAUCUCUCUCUCUCUCUCUCUUUCUCACUCUCUCUCUCUUUCUCUCUUUCUCUGUUUUCUCUAUCUUUCUCUCACUUGUUCUGUGCUGUUUUUGUUCUCGUGGCUGGUGUGAGCUGAUCGGUUCGUUCUGAAGAAGCGUCACUGCUGCCUCCUGACCAAGAGCAGAGAGUGUAUGCGUGAGUGUGUGUGGAAACAGUGAGUGACUCUUCACUGGACUGGCGUGCUGUACAUGGAGACUCCCAUCUGGCCAGAUAGCGGCGUGUGUAAGUCUGGAAGUCUAGCCGUGUUCAGGAACGCGGUGUGUAGUGGAUUCCUCACGCAGCAGCUCUGGCAUUUAGGACUGCCGCUUCUACACACACUGGGUAACCAAGAGGCGACCAAUCCGGUGGACGCGAUGGCUCAGUCCUACACCCCAGCGCAGUUUCCUCCUCCCCCACAGAAUGGUAUCCCAGGAGAAUUCACCACACCCCACACCCUGCCCACACAGGACUACACAGGACAGAGCCGAGUACCUGAACACACCCUGACUAUCUACACAGCCACACAGACACACAGUGACCCUGCAAACAGCGACAGCAACACAACAACCAUCACCACCAACACAACAGAUGACGUGACGCAAACAGAGACGCUGUCAUCCUCAGAGUCGCCGGAGAAACAGCAGCCUAAACGGCUCCAUGUCUCCAACAUCCCCUUCCGCUUCCGCGACCCUGACCUCAGACAGAUGUUUGGGCAAUUUGGGAAGAUUUUAGACGUGGAGAUCAUUUUUAAUGAGCGGGGAUCUAAGGGCUUUGGUUUUGUAACUUUCGAAACGAGCACAGACGCAGAUCGAGCGCGGGAGAAACUAAACGGUACAAUCGUAGAGGGACGCAAGAUCGAGGUGAACAACGCUACAGCAAGAGUGAUGACGAACAAGAAGGCAGCGAAUCCUUACACAAACGGCUGGAAACUGAAUCCUGUAGUGGGAGCUGUUUAUGCACCUGAACUUUACGCAGUAACAGGGUUUCCCUACGCAGCCACAGGGGCAACCGUAGCAUACAGAGGAGCUAAUUUAAGAGGAAGAGGACGAGCCGUUUAUAACACAUUCCGCACAGCUCCGCCUCCUCCACCCAUCCCUGCCUAUGGAGCUGUUGUUUAUCAAGACGGGUUCUACGGUGCUGAGAUCUAUGGAGGCUAUGCAGCGUACAGAUAUGCCCAGCCUGCCACAGCUACUGCAUACAGUGACAGCUAUGGUAGAGUCUAUGCAACGGCGGAUCCGUACACUCACGCGAUCAGCCCGGCUGCCACAUACAGCGUCGGCACAAUGUAAAAAUGAGGAGAAAGAGAUGGACUGCAGUGCUCGGCAGCAGAGGGCGACAGAGGAAUGAUGGACACAACACAACCAGAAAUGACAAGAAACACAAGACCAGAAUGGCCAAAAAGCAGAUGGGGCAUGAAAAAAGAGCAAAAAAAAAAGAUGAAAAAGCAGAAUGAAAGGACAGAGCACGUUUUCACAAAACGUUUUAUUUUUCUAUAUUUUUGUUGAUGCAGAAAAGUGUGCUUAAGAGAUAUAAAUAUCCAUGUACACAUAUAUACACACACAAAUAUAUAUUGAAGAAAAAAAUUCCGUCUGAACACAGCUGAGAGAACAAGGCCAAGCGUUUGGCUCCGCCCAUACCAUCGGUGUGAAAAUGGAUCAGGGCAUCCAGACCCACAGCGAAGGUCUUGUGUGAAUAAAAAUAAUCCACUUCCUGUUCGACGAGUUUUGAUCAGUCCACUUCCUGUGCUGUGAUGUCACUCUGUCUUGUGCUUUCAAUUUUAUAGCACUUCCUGGAUGCAAUUAUGUGCCCUUUUUUUUGUUACACUGACCUAAAAAAUCCUCAAAAUAGUCUUGAAGUCUUUCUAGUUGUGCUUCCACAUAGAGGAAAAACAUGCACAACAAGCUACUGAUUACAAGUGGAUUUGUGGAAUGACACUGAAUUUAUUCUGGCUGAAACUCUUGACAGUGUCAGCAUUCCCACCGAAUGAGGACGAGAUCAACACAGAGAUAUCAGAAUUUCAUAUCUCAGUCUCCCAUAAUAUAAUGAUGGCUCCUUAUUUUUAAACAGGGCUAACCAUUUCCUGCUGUGGCACGUGUCCUAUGCGAAACCUGCCCCACCUUUCUUCCUUCUUUCCAAUGAGUGAGCAUCUUGAUCCACUUCCUGUUGCUGAUGUCAUGACUCUCUUCAUGUUUGCUAACCUCCUGUGGAAAAGGUUAGAAAACUAGAAAACUCACUCUGUGCUCCAGCACUGUUUAACACACAUUUGCUGUUUAACACACACAGCUCAUUCACAGGGUCGUGUACAGCAGAUGCUCCACAUAAUCUACGAUGAAUAAACAGAUUUAAAAAUGGGUUGUUGUUUAAUAAAGAAAUUCUUAUAAUUAUGUGCUCUCAGUCUCAGUAAGGGAGAACAAGAACUAACUCUUUUCACGGACAUCCCACAGAAAUUAAAUCUAACUAUAAACCGCUAAAAUGUAUGACGUAUUAAACAUUGUAAUAUUGGCAAAUCUCUGUGAUAUAUGCAGUAUGUGAUACUCCCCCCGGCAGGCAUUAUUUUCAUACAACAGCAGCUCUGACUGUUCACUUGAAUUAGCUAUCAUCAGGGGAUCAUGAAUUCAAAUACCAAUGAUGUUACAGCAAUCUGUGGCUGGGAGUCAAAGAGAGCAUAAUUAGCAGUGUUCUUUAAGUGGGUUGGGGCAUACUCUUUCCCUCCUGUCAAUCACAUUGACAAUAGAUAAUCCUGCACAUUUAUAGGCUCAUGUGUGUUGAAGAGGGCAGACAGCACUUUCCUCUGAAUGCUCAGCUGCCCCGGGAUUUAUGACCGGUGGGUUGAAAAGAUGUGUUUGGCUGGUUUCGUGUGUCUUAGAGAAGGUAUGUGUUAGCCUUCUCCAUCCCCACUUGUAGGCUAUCAUGUGAUAGUGGAGAGCUAGCUAGUGGGUGGGGGAAAAAUUUACAUGAUAUAACAUAACUGCUUAUCUGGCUAAAUGAUGCCACUAAUAUGCUAGCCACUUAUCUAAACAGAAAAAUAUCUGCCACAGAUUUAGACUCGAUUCUCAGGUAUGCUGAUAAAGUCAUAAAUGAGUAAAUAAGAAAAGGCCUCAAAUUCUUGAAGGUCUCAAAUGCCUAGCAAGGUUAACUUUUGGAGCAGGAACCUUUGAAGGAUAUGCCCCAGGGGCAUCUGCAUCUAUACU